UCCCUCUCUCUUCAAAAGUAUACCUUUCUUUUCUCUUUUUAUUUUUUGGAUGAAGUUUACUCUUUUAACUGCUGCUUUGGUAUUGGCUGGCUACGCCACAGCCGUACCUAUGGUCAAGACAAGUUCCUUUGAUGAUGGAUAUGUUGCCCCUCUUUAUGCUCCUGUUGAAGCUGAAGCUGUACGAGGAUCUUAUAUUGUUGUCUUGAAAGACCAUUUAUCUAUGGAACAGCUUCAAGAUCAUGCUGAAUGGAUCAGCUCUAUGGUUGCAGCUAAAGCUUAUAAUAAUGGAGAAUUUUUGGAUAGUUCCUUCCAAAUGGGAAUUAAGCAUGUUUACGAAACACCUAAUUUCAAAGGUUAUGCAGGUCGUUUUGAUAAAAAUAUGUUGGAAGCUAUUCGUCGUUCCGAAGAAGUUGAUUUCGUUGAAGAAGAUUCCAUUGUUUAUGCCAGCGAAUUACAACGUGGUGCACCUUGGGGACUUGCUCGUAUUUCCUCUCGUAAAGCACUGACGCUUCGUAAUUUUAGCAAAUAUAAUUAUGACGCCAACACUGCUGGUGACGGUAUCAAGGUGUAUGUGAUUGAUACUGGUAUUAACGUUAGUCAUAACGAUUUUGGUGGUCGAGCAACCUGGGGAAAGACAAUUCCUGCAGGCGAUGACGACCGCGAUGGCAACGGUCACGGAUCUCACUGUGCUGGUACGAUCGCUGGUACAAAAUACGGAGUUGCCAAGAAAGCACGCCCAGUCGCCGUCAAAGUCUUGGCUUCCAAUGGCUCUGGUUCAAUGUCGGACGUGAUGGGCGGAGUUGAUUGGGCUAUUUUGGAUUUCAGAAAGGACAAAGAACAGGCUCAGACAGAAGGCAAACCAUUCAAGGGGGCUGUGGCCAACAUGAGUUUGGGCGGCGGCAAGUCUGUUGGCUUGGACAAGAUUGUGAAUGCUGCAGUUGACGCAGGUAUGGUCUUUGCUGUGGCUGCGGGUAAUGAUAACCGAGAUGCAUGUGACUAUUCGCCUGCUCGAGCCGAGAAAGCGAUCACUGUGGGAGCAAGCACGAUUGCUGACGAAAGAGCUUACUUUUCAAACUAUGGUAAAUGUGUUGACGUAUUUGCGCCUGGUUUAGACAUCCAGUCUAUCUGGAUAGGAAGUAACACGGCAACAAACACUAUCUCUGGAACAUCCAUGGCUUCACCUCACGUUGCUGGUUUGGCUGCUUAUUUCCUUAGCCAAUCUGAACCUGGCGUCACCCCCAAGGAAAUCAAGGAGAGAAUUCUUGCUGUAGCCACACCUAAUGAAUUGACAAAGAUUCCCAAAGACACCCCUAAUCUUUUGAUUUACAACGAUUACGAAAGCACAUAAUAUUCCCCCCCCCGAAGUAAUAAUAAAGCCGCGUGUAAUGAACGCAUGGGUCACAUUCACGCUGUGAGUUUAAAAAACGCAAGAGACACAAACUAAGGGAAAAUGAUUACAUUUUUACACCAUUUUUUUCCAUUUAUAUUUUUAUAUAACCUCACC